AUGCUCGACUGGGUGCGUCGGCUGUCCGACGAGGGGAAGCUGCUCGACGACGCGGACGCGAAGCUGCCGGACGGUGGCGCCUCCGCGCUGUUCGACGUCGGAAGGGUCAUGCACCUCGGCCUCCUCUGCUCGCUGCACGACCCCAGGGCGUGUCCGACCAUGAGGUGGGUGGUGGAGAACCUCUCCGACGGUUGCUCCGGCAGCGAACUCCCACGUCUGCCAUCGUUCGUGGCGCUCCCGAAAUACAUCUCCCUCACCACUUCAUCGGCCUCCGACUCCGGCGCCACGACCGUCACCACCGACAGGAGCACGGCGACGAUGUCUCUGUCCAAUCCUGUCUACGCCACCGCGGCCGCGGACACCAUCUACCACACCGCGGAAGACGGGAGUAAGGAGAUCGUCACCAUCACCAACGACUUCUCCGAGUCGCAGGUGGUCGCGGAGCUGGACUUCGGGACAGGGUACGAGGGCUUCCUGGACACCGGCCACGGCCGCGUCCACGUCCUCGUGAAGCGCCUGGGCAUGAAGACGUGCCCGGCGCUGCGCGUCCCCUUCGCCAGGGAGCUCUGCAACCUGGCCAAGCUCCGGCACAGGAACCUCGUGCAGCUGCGCGGGUGGUGCAAGGACCACGGCGAGAUGCUCGUCGUCUACGACUACGCCUCGGGAGCCUGA